GCCUGCGCACAUGGCAGGCCAGCGGUCCACCGUCCACAUCCCGUGUGUCGCUGUGGGUCUCGGCGGGCUACGGAGGCUUCGUUCGUUUCUUCGCUCAUGAAAAACGAGCAAAAAUUAAUCCAGGUUCUUGCUAAAGUAAUUUCAAUCGUUGAAACUCAAAGUGAUUUGCGGUGACCUAAUCGCCUGUCUGAGUUGACCAUGUCGUGCCGGGACAUCCAUGCCACCAAUGCCUUCUCCUUCAUCCUGGCCUUGGUGUCAGUGGUUGGGAUGGCCAUCGCGGCCCUAAUCCCUCAGUGGCGCGUCACCAGGCUUGUCACCUUCAACCGCAACGCCAAGAAUGUCAGUGUGUACGACGGACUGUGGGCCAAGUGUGUGAAGCAGGACGGCUACUCGGGCUGUUACUUCUAUGACUCAGAGUGGUACUCCAAGGUGGACCAGCUGGACCUGAGGCUCCUGCAGUUCGGCCUGCCCAUGGGCCUGCUGUUCGGCACCAUGGCCCUGCUGCUGAGUAUGGGCGGGCUCUGCAAGACCUGCUGCUGCUCGGACAAGCCGGAGCCGGACAUUAAGACGGCCCGCUGCUUGGUCAACAGCCCCGGCUGCCACCUGGUGGCCGGGCUGUUCCUCUUCCUGGGCGGAGCCGUCGCCAUGGCGCCCUCGGUGUGGUUCCUGUUCCGCACCAAGGAGAUGAACCGGCGCUACGAGAACAUCUUCGCCGACGGCUUUGCCGUGUACGUCGCCAUCGGCUGCGCCGGCGGACUGAUGCUGGCCUCCCUGAUGAUGUUCAUGUGGUACUGCAUGUGUAAGAAGCUGCCCUCGCCCUUCUGGCUGCCGCUGCCGCCGGUGCCCAACUCCCUCUCAAUUCAGGCCCUCACCGCAAACGGCUACCCCCCCUCGCCCGUCUACGGCCCCCAGGCAUUCCCCCCUCACACCUACAUGCCUGCCGUCAUGGACGGCCAGCCGUACGCACCAGGGUCGCAGGGCUACGCGCAGGGGGUGGCGGUCCCUGGCCCUGUCCCGCCCCAGGUCUACAUGACCCAGAUGUCUGCCCCAGACGCUUAUGGGUCCGAGGUGGGCGGCGCCCAGGCCUACAGCUACGCCCCCGCACAGAGCUACGCGGCGUCUCAGAGCUACGCCCCCUCCCAGGGCUACGCCCCCUCCCAGGGCUACGCCCCCUCCCAGGGCUACGCCCCCUCCAGCCACGCAGGCCAGCGGUACUCCUCACGCUCCAGGAUGUCCGCCAUAGAGAUUGACAUUCCUGUUCUGUCACACUAAAAAAAUAAACAUUGAAGAAGACAUGCUGCCACUCCAAUUGUAUAUAGAAAUUCCAUGUUGAUGCAUUAUGGAUGGGAGCUGAAGAGCUGUGUAAAAGCUUCCACCAAGUGAUGAAGGUCAUUGUGUCCCCGGGACGGAGCCCGGUCUCAGGCUGGGGUACCAUUUGAAGGUUAAGGCGCAGCAGGGGUCUUGUACAGGUUAGGGUCGUACGUUCACUAGCUCUAACGGUGGCCUUUUCUUUUACUUUUGUAAAACCUUUUUUAUUUUUUAUGAUGAUGUUUAUACAGUAACUGUCAUUUUUGUACUUUCUAUUGCGCCUGUAGCACUACUGUAACUUUUUCCCCCUUAAAAUGGCCAAGUGAAGAACGACUUUCCUGAGUGACUUCUGAAGGAUGACCUGCUAAAGAUCAUAUCAUUGUCUUGAUCAUGUCUAAAAUAACAUUUUAGUUUUACUCACAAUGUACUAAAGAUGCGGAUGUGGAUUGGAUGGAUCACAAGAUGUUGUUGACUGUGGAGUUAUAGUUUUCUGUCUAGUAUAACAUAGCAAAGAAUGCACAUACCAACACUAAAGCGGUGCCUUAUGUUAGGAUCCCUGUGUAAGACUUGUAUCAGUUACAUGUCAUUGUUUCCUAUUAAUGCCAUUACGGUGGUCAAAAAUCACUAAUAGAAAGCCAUACCAGCAAUUGGUUUAUGUCUUUGCUAACAAAUCUGCUGUUCUUUCAUACCGAUAAUUAAUGUCUUGAUUAAUUAAAGUCAAUUGAAUUGUC